CUCACACUAAAAUAUCCACUCGAGAUCUUUUGACUUACGUAUUAGACCUAAAGUUCGAAGGAAUAAACCUGAACAGACUCUUAUACAGCAAACUUAUAAAGGUAGCGGCCCAUUUUGAGUUUGUUAAAAGUGUUGUGAGUUAGUUGAAUCCUCGCAACAAUUUCAAAUGCAGCGUAUAUGUUUUGAAAAAACGCGCCACUAUACAUACUUGAAUUUCUCUCUUCAUUUCGAAUUACAGAGCAGCACUCUCCAGCAAAUAGAUCGAAGACCACUAGCUUAAGGAAUAUGAGAAAGAGAUCGGCGACAACGAGGAAGCCUAUGGCGGAGGACCUUCUGAAGACUCCGCCGACUGCGGCAGCGAAGAGCCCUAACCGUUCCUCCAGCGAGUCUCCGAUGCCAUUUGAGUUCAAGUUCAGUGCGUUCAAUGCUACUACUCUGACGCCACCGUCAUCUUCGAAGGAGAGACGAGCAGGAAAGAGCUCUAAGCCGAUUCGGACCUCUAAGUCUCCGAUGUCUGUAGAGAAGUGCAAGACUAUAGACGAUCUUAAGGACUUCGCGACCUCUGGACUGAAUUCCAUCAAGCAGCAGCUCGAUUCCUCGCACUCCGAGAUCAUGAAGGACAUUGAGACCACUCAUUCUCGCAUUCAUAAGCGGAUCAAGGUCCAAACACAAGCUUGUCAGCAAAAAGCAGACGAAGCAGAGAGGGAGCAUAAGAAAAUGUCUGAGAGAAUCAAAGAAGGUCGGGAGGGAAUGCAAGAGUCAUACAGUGAGUUCAUGGCAGAAGUGCAGGCUAACUCAUCUCGCUUCUGCAAAUCGUCAAUCCCUGAGCUUUUGCAGUCAGUGGAGAAAGCCAUAAACUCACUCAAGAGUCGCUACGGCAUCUCCCCAUCAACUUUUGCUUGCUAAGAUUGCUGGAAUUUGGAAAUUCAGGCUUUUGUAUUGCUUAAUUGCAAUGUGCUACUCCAGAAACUUCAUACUUGUAUAUCAGUAAAAAACUCUUGUGUAAGUGUGUUAAUUAUCCUACUGUGGGUGCUGGUGUAUCCCAUUGUGCGUGAGGUAUUAAGUAUUCCAACUUAAAUGACCCAUUGAAGAACUAUUUUCCUACAUAAGGAAUAUAUGAUAGAGGUGUUCAUGAACUAUUU